CUGACUUCCUUGUAGGUAGGGUCUUAAAUAUAAUGUACAAAAUUUAUUUACCCAUUGAAUGAUGAAGCUUGUUCACGAAGACUUAUAAUAAUUUCCAGUGAUAGCAGAUUGUAAAGACUUCAACUGAAAAAGAUACUGAUGGAAACUCUAAUGUGGGCGUAUCUACUACUGGUCUUAUAUCCUGUUGAGGUCAGCACAUUCAACUAUGGCAAGGAACGUGAUAACCAACAUAAUUGGACAGUAUGUGGAGACAAUUUGUGCAAGUGUAAUGAAAUAAACCAAGCAUUCUGUUUAAACCAGGGACAUAAACUGAAUUAUAUACCAAGAUUUGAACGAAACAUAACGUAUCUUAACUUUACUGGUAAUUAUUUACCGCAUAUAGAUAAUCACACCUUUACUAAUAUUACCAAUUUUAAACUGAACUACCUGCAUUUACAGACGAAUUCAAUACGGAACUGUACCCGAAAUGCAUUUAAUGGUCUGACUUUUUUACGAACAUUAUCAAUUAGAAAUAGUACCAUCUCAAAGACGGGGCUGAUGCAAUGCUUGUCUGGGGUAACGAAAGAUUUACAAACUCUUGAUUUAUCAUACAUACACUAUUAUUCCCCCUUGAAUCUAGAUCUGGACGAGAGUAUGAACAAUUCAAAGAUCAAAACAUUGUACAUUCGGAAUAUUGAUAUGACAAAAUAUAACCAUAGUAAGUUAUCAACUUUAAAACAUCUGCAGUCUAUAACUAUUCUCAAAUCCUAUAUUAAAACCGUAACAUUUGAUUAUUCGUCUUCAUUAAGGACAUUAAAUUUUUCUUAUAACAAACUUUCAGAAUUUCCAAAAUUUUGUGUACACGAAAAUGCAUAUUUUACAAAUCUUGAGGAAUUGCGUUUAGACCAUAACAACAUACCCUCUGUGCAUCCAGAACAACUUGCUUGUAUGAAAUCCUUGGCCACAUUUUCAAUUAAUAAUAAUCUUAUUUUUUAUAUAGAAAACAACACAUUUUCAAACUUGCCAAAUCUUAAUGUAGUAUCAAUUGUAUACAAUAGCAAAGGAAUGUGUUUGGAUGAAUUUGCUUUUAAUAGUUCAUCUCUGAAGAAGCUUUAUAUUUAUGACGAUGACUUGUAUUUUGAUAAGGAUCAUAAAUGCAACAGUUUGGAUGCUUUUAAAUACUGUAGCCAACUUGAAAUUUUAAGAGUAUCCUCCAACCACUUUGAGUUUACUACUAAUCCAAUGUUCGAUGAAUUAUUCAGCAACUUGGUUAACGUAAAAUCGUUGUCACUAACUAGGUGUCGGUUAACUUUUCUUCCAAGUUUUAUUCCAAAAUAUCUUUAUAAAUUGGAGAAAUUAUGGCUCCACAACAAUAACAUAAAAGAUAUACCGGAAGGUUAUUUUAAUAAUUUCAAUCAUCUCCAAAAUAUACAAUUAAACUCAAAUAAAAUAACCACAGUUAAGCAAAUUACAUUUUCACUUCAAUGUCUUCAACAAUUGAAAUACAUUGAUCUCUCUGGGAAUCCGUUUUCUUGCUCCUGUGAAUUGCUUUGGUUCAUCAAUUGUCUAAAAACAAGCUCCAUUAGUAAUGUUUUUUUUCAUUUUCCAACGGAAUACAUCUGUGAUUCUCCGCCGCCUUUUAAAGGGAAGCAACUCGUACAAGUCCGUCUUUCGGAACGUACAUGCGCAAUAACGAAACAGGUUCGUGUAAUUAUUAUAUCUACAUCGGCAGGAAUUCUUCUCUUACUUUUAACUAUUUCUGCUGUUUACCGUUAUCGAUGGAAUUUGCGAUAUAUAUUGUACAUGGCACGAUUUCAACAUAUUCGCCACCAAAGACUUUUAAAUGGUGGCGGAGAUUAUAAAUAUGAUGUCUAUCUUAGUUCCUCUGACACGGACUUUGAUGACGUAAUAUAUGAUGUACUUGUCCCUAGAUUAGAGGAGAACAUGGGUCUGCGACUUUAUAUCCCCCAAAGAGAUGGACAGGGAAAUAAAAUUGAUCAAAUAAUAUCUAAUAUGGAUGCCAGUCGUAAAGUCAUUUUAUUCUUAUCUGAUAAAUAUGUCGAAGACGGUUAUUGUGAAUUUGAAGCUAGUGUUGCCUAUAAUAAGUAUAUCAAUGAAAAGCGUGAUUUAAUGAUAGUAGUAGUAUUAAGGGAACUUGGUGCCCUGAAUGUAACAAAAACCAUACAUAAAAUACUAUCUGUUGAUAAGUAUAUUAAAUGGGGUUGGGAUGAUGAAAGUGUGGAAUUAUUCUGGUUAAAGAUAACUGCUGCUAUUAAUAAUAUGGAUGACCUAAUUCCUUAAAGGUACACUCCCUGUAAGAAAAGUUAUCAGAAAAUGUUGACGAUACAUUGACGAAUUUUGUAGUGGUAGUGGACUAUUGAGUUUGCUUUCAAAUAUUCGCGCUUUCAACACCUUUCUGGAAAAGCAUCAAUUAACGACAACUGUCUAGUUAUGGAUUACAAGGCACAUUUCUGUAUUUACUAAACAGUUAUAUAUGUAAUAGAAAUCAAACUGCUUUUGUAAAUUACGCUUACUUAUCGACCCUAAUUCGGGUGUUCCCUAGGGCUUUGUAUUAAGCCCAUUCUUAUUUCUUCUGUACAUAAACGAUAUCCAAGAUGACUUGGAAGAUACUGCUAGAUUAUUUGCCAGUGACACUGCCAUUAUUUGCAUUAAAUCCCAUUUAUAUGAAAUAGAAACUUCCUUAAAGGCUGAUUUAUUCAAACUAAAAUCAUUUGAGCCCUGUUUCAAUAUUUUUUAUUUAUUUGUAUAUUUCUCUUUCGGUAUAUUAUAUUUAUUUUUCUUGCAUAUUAUUACAAUUAUAUGCGUAAAUUGCAUUAUUUUAUUCACACAAUUUAUGUUUAUAUCAAUAACGUGUGUAAGUUUUUAAUAAUGUUAGUUCAACUCAGUUGGUCCAAAGUUGUUUUUGUUGAUACAAUAGAAUAAUAUGUUUAAACUAAUUAAUGUAAAUUGAUACUAAUUUCGACAGUGAUUUUAAAAAACAGAUAUUUACUGGAUAACCAGGGAUAUAUUUCUGAGCUGUUUAAUUACUUCGAUUAACCAGACACUGUUCGAAAGAACCGAAACUUCGCUGUAUGGGGAUCCUAGAUCACAAUAAAAUGCCCCCCCCCCUCCCAAUACUAAGUUUCGAUGUUCUAUAUUUGGGGAAUUGACUGCUAACAUGGUCAGAUUCCGUAUGUAUGGUUAAUAUGAAUUUCAAACACAACUGUCAUGUAAUAUCCCUCACUUUGUUGAAAGAUGGGAACACCAUCAAUUGUAUAAUUAAACAAAUGUGUAUUAUAUUCAUUAUAAAAUUAUGAUUCGCUUAAGUUAAACAUU